UGUACCAGGGGGCUUUGGGGAGAGAAAGGAAAAAAAUUAAAAUCUUAAAAAAAAAAAAACUAUAAAAAAAUAGGAGGGAGACAUUUUCAACUGUAGAAUUUGUGCUGAGGAAAUAUGAAUGGCAGUAAUAUCAAGUACCACUUUAAGUGGUGUUUAGUGGCAAAGAAAAGAUAAAUGUUGGAAUUGCUAUAGUAUUUCAGAUCAUAGGAGUGAUGAAAUCACUGCAUUUCUGUUGAGUGGUAAGAACUGUUGUCGGUUGCAUAUUUUGCCAGUUACAGUCAUGAGUUGUUUAAUGACAGGGAUAUGUGUUGUGCAAACAUCGUAGAGAGCACUUACACAAACGUAGAUGAUAGAGCCUCCUGCAUACCUAGGCUGUAUGUACUGAUCUUAUAUGACCACCAUUGUAUAUGUGGUCUGUUCUUGACUGAAACAUUGUUAUGCAGCAUGUGACUGUACCUGAGAACCUUCUUUGUUUGGUCACUGGAAUAUUGCCAUGGUCAUGUUCUUUGUUGAUUGUGGCAUAGUAAAUGGUAGAAUCAGUGGCAACCCAGGACGCCCAGGCUUGGAUCUGGGCUCUCUGAGAAGUCUGCAAUUGUUGAAGCCACACUCAACAUGGACCCAAAGGCUCUGAAGAAACUGGUGGAAUCCAUCAGUAAUACUGUCAAGAGCUUCAAAAAAAGUGAAGUAGAGUGUCUCAUAAGACUUUUUCACAAGUUGGUGGGAAGAGCUGAUGUCAGACUUGAUAACGUUGGACUAGAUCGUAAUGCGUUUCGAGGGAUCCUGUACAGCAUAUUUGGAAUGACUGAUGAUGUACUAAUGAAUAGGGUAUUUUUUGCAUUUGACAAAGACAAUGAUAACUGCAUAAAUGUAAAAGAAUGGGUUAAAGGAUUAUCGGUUUUUCUUCGAGGGACUUUUGAAGAAAGGCUGAAGUCAUGGCUUUUGCCACGUCCGCACCCAGGAUCCGAACUGGUGAACCCCUGGCCGCCGAGAAGCGGAACGUGUGAACUUCACCGCUGUGCCACUGGGCCAGCCCUGUGUUUUUAUCUUUUUUUGUUAUAUAUUGAAAUAACUAAGGAGAAGACUGAUGGCAUUUUAACUUAACCAAGUCUUUAAACUUCUUAUGCUUUGAAAAGUCUGUUUUGAAGUCUAUUAUCUGAAUGGUGAUGGUUACAUUUCUCGAGAGGAAAUAUUUGACAUGUUGAAGAACAGUCUACACCAACCGUCAUCUGAAGAAGAGACUGAUGAAGGAAUAAAAGAGUUGGUAGACAUAACACUGAAGAAAAUGGAUUAUGACAAUGAUGGCAAGAUAUCUUUUGCAGACUUUGAAAAAGCAGUGAAAGAAGAGAGACUUUUGUUGGAGGUGUUUGGACCAUGUUUACCAGAAGCAAAGGUACAGUGCCAACAGCCCAAACUGGUUGAAGCAAAAUCUUAAAGGAUCAGAAAAUACUACUUGCUAGACACUCACCUCUGUGGGGCUUCAGCCCACUGCUCGAGUUCAGGCGACCAUGAAGGCCCUGGCCCCAUCCUAGCAUUUUGGGACUCAAGACAGUGGUGACUAUUUAAGUAAUUAUAUUCCACAGACUUUUGUUGAGUUUAUAACCUCUUUAGCUAUACAUAAUUCCCAAUUUCCUGUAUGUUAACAAUGUUUUCCCGAAGAAAACCAGGGUAUAUCGGCUUGCUUAAGGGAUAGAACAGUGAAUAAAGAGUGGAUUCAACAACGCCCCACCAUAAACUGCUGGGAGAAAACGAUCUCUUUCAAUACAAAUGUUUUCAAACAAUGAGAAUAAAUUUUUAACCUUUUGGACACAUAUAUUACUUUAUAGAAUUUUACUUAUGCUUAUGAAAGUUUUUCAUGUAUGAAUUUGACAAAAGUUUUCUGAGCUGGAAAAGCCAGCUUAAUAAUUGAUUUGACUCAUUUCCUUUCUUAAUUCUUAAUCAACUGUGCUUUGUGAACAUGAUAUACGAAGAAAAUUUUAUUCUCUGCAGUAAUUUAGACGGUGAUUUUGUGAAUGAACUUGCAUAAUGUGAAGCUACCCUUAGCCAUCUCAGCUCGUCUAACUUGUCCAACUGCAGUUUAUUGCCACAUUGUAAUUAUCUACCAACGUGUGUUAAAAAGCAACGUGUGAAAGGCAACCUCCUUGUUUUAGGGGACUAGUGGGUGAAACAGUAUAGAAUAACGGACUGGAGCACCAACAUGCUCCUGGACAGUUCAUCUGCAGCCCAGUUAUCGAGAGCCUUCCUACUCUAAGUAUAGUCUGUGCACCAGCCACGAUGGUAUCACCUAGGAACUUGUGAGAAAUGCAGAAUUCCAGACCCAAACCAACUGAAUCAGAAUCCUUUUUUUCGGUUUCAAAAACAAAAGUUUCUUUCUUUCUCUCACUAUGGUCAAAUAUUGUGUGUGUUGGAUGGGGAAGAGUACUGGCCUCGACAGUCACAGAACAGGUCAGGAUUCCAUUCAGGAACACAGAACCCACUUAGCAGCUCCUCCCUUUAGGGCUGUCAGAGAAUUUUUUUUAAAUUGUGGUAAAAUACACCUAACAAAAUUUACCAUCUUUACCAAUUUUAA